AUGAACAGACCAGACUUUGUCCUUUUAGCCGAUGGAUGUAAACUAAGGUUUCCCAGUACUAAUAUAGUGCUUAUCGUUGAGGUGGUUGAGCCAGAGUCUUUCUGCCACCCCAAAAAGCGGGCCUUCUGGCGAUCUUCACAUGAUAUUGCCAGUCUUGGAGAGCAUACAUCGGGUUUUAGUGACCAAAGUGAUCGAAACGUAAAGGAAGCAGUCAUUCCAUCGGCUUUGAAAACUAAAGGUUCCGAAGAAAUCUCUUACUGUGAUACCGUUGAUCCUUUGACUGCUGUCCGAGACGAAGAUGUUACUGCAUGUUAUAAAGCAAAGACAGAUGAACAGAGUGGUAUUUCGACUUCAUAUUGCGAAAGUCUUCGUUCAUGUUCACAGGGGUUUCAGGAUGCCUCUACCUCAAAUAGUACCCAUUUACCUAUUGAGCCAUUAUUUGUACAAACAGAUAACAACCUUAGUGUUCCACCUAUUACAGUAGCGACGAAAGUCUUACAGAAUUUAAUACAAAAUGACAAUCAAACCGCAUCCUUGAAUGUAAAUGGCGAACCCAUAUUACAAAACGGAAAUUUUGAUCUUGCUACAAAAAUGAAUCAUAUCGCAAGAAUGUUAGCUUUUAACUCAAUCGCCCAGUUAUCGGAGUUCGGUGCACAUAAUAGAAGCACUUCAGCAAUACCUAAUAUAACGAAUUUCCCUAUCAGUCAGUUUCUUGACCCCAGUUAUGCUGAAACUAAUUACAGCUCACUUGACCGUAGUCUUUCAGAUCCAGUGAUAAAUCCCGUCAAGCCUCCGAAUACCUCUGAACUUCAUUUAUCGACAAAGUCUAAAAUGUAUGAACAAAAUCCUCCAGAGGUGGAUGAUUUAGAUGAUACUACAGAUUCAAGUGUUGCUGUACUUCAUCAGGAUGAUUUGUCCCAUUUUGGUAAUAAUGAUAACACUAUUGAUGGUCAUGGUCAAGAAAGUGAAUCAAACAUCAAUAAAUUAGCUGCAAAUUUGGCUUCAACUACAGCAAUAGAUCGAGGUUCCGCAUUUCGUAAACCCCCUUAUUCCUAUGCUCAAUUAAUUAUACAAGCUAUUGCAUCAGCACCGAAUCAACGUCUAACUUUAGCUGAUAUCUAUGCACAUAUUUCACGAACAUUUCCAUAUUAUAAACCUAAUGAAAAGGGUUGGCAGAAUUCAAUACGUCACAAUUUAUCAUUGAAUCGUUAUUUUAUACGUGUACCACGCUCUCACUCUGAACCUGGUAAAGGUGCAUUUUGGCAAUUGGAUCCUUAUUGUGAAACAUGUUUAAUUAGUCAAGCGUUUCGUAAACGCCGUCAAACGUCGUCGAAAUCGUCGUCUUCAUCUGCUGAUUUAAAUCUACAUAGUAAUAAUAAUAAUCAGUAUGAUGAUGAAGGGGAAGAACUGAUUGCCAAUGAUAAUGUGCUUACUACUACUACUACUACUACUAAUAAUAAUAAUAAUAAUAAUAAUAAUAAUAAUAAUUCUGCUAAUAUUGAUGAUGAUAGUUCCGCAUUUCUUCUCCCUACACAAUCUCCAAAUGAUAGUAAUAUGUGUUUUAAUCAAACCAUAAAAAACUCAUCACAUACAAAUAGUCAUCUAUCAAAUGAUAUGCAUCGUGUUAACGGAAGUUUUUCAAAUACACUUUCGUCAUCAUCACCAUGUGCCUUUGUACAAGUUAAUUGUCUACAAUCUACACAGAAUUCACAGUCUUCAUCGCAUACUUCGUUGGGUUUACCGUCUACAUCAAAGUUGUCAUCCUCACCAUCAACUUCGAUGUUUUCAGGCAUUGAUCAACACCAUCAACGUAUCUACCAAUCCACUUCAACACUACACAAAUCAGAGAAACCAUCAUCAGCACUAGUCACUGUAGCAAAUGAAGAGCUUUCCAUUGUCAAUGGGAAAUCAAAACAACUAUCCCGUUCAGUGAUAUUAUCACGUGAUCGAGAUACAGCUGCUUUACUCACUAAUAACUCUGGUGUGAAUUUCCGUUUUAAACAAAUUUUGAAUAGUGAAGAAAGUGUAGAUUCUUCGCAUAAAAUCUAUCGAAGUAUAACUAGAGUAUCAGAAAUUUCUUCAGAUACUAAUAAUUCAUCUAAUAUAGUGUUUACAUCUCAUUUAAAUAACGAUCUUAAUAGUUCAGAAUGGAUGAAAUUGUCUAGUCUUGGCAGUAAUAAUUCAUUAUUAUCACCAGCAUCAUCAUCAAAACUUCAAGGAUUAUGGCAAUUAUCAGAUGUAGAAUUUCAAAAGAAUAGUUUAUCUUAUCCAGCUCAAAUGAUCAAAGCCAAUCAAAAUUUAAAUAAUCUUACAAUAUCUAUGAAUAGAAAUUUACCUAAUCCAGAGCAUGUAAGUGACGGGGACUCUACGGUGGUCAGCGAUCCCCUACUUGUAUCUGAUACUCAUCCAACUGAUCUAAGCGCCACUACAAGCACUGUUGAUUCGACACAGAACCGAAAACAUCGACAUUCUGACCAGCCAUUAACAUCAUCUACAUCAAUGUUAAGCACAUCAUCACCACCGUUUUGGGCAUCUAAAUGUUCUCGAUCGUUAAACGAUAAACACGAAGAAAAAAUUCAGAGUUCAUUUUUUACAAAUCCUGCCUUUUAUGCAAUGCAAUCCUAG